CAGAGAAUGACAUUCGUGAUUGUCCGCAAUGAAUAAACCAACUGUUCUAACCACCACAACUCUGACCAUCUGAAUUUCUCUCUCUCUCUGGGUGAGUUUCAGAACCCUAGUCCUCGGACCCUAAAGAAUGCAGAUUUCGGGAGCUAUCAGCGACGUGUUGGUGGCACUUCCAUCGGCGGUUAGUCUUAGGUCUCCAGAACUCAGGCACUUGAACACACUCUGCGAUUCCAAGAGCUUCCUUUCUGCUGGACUCCCCAAGAGCUGUUCUUCAUUUUGCAUUCCCAAGCUUGGAACUGGACUGCACAAAUUUCGAGCAAGAAGCUUCACUGUGAAAGCCUUAGGGGAGUCAAGUGAUGAUUUAGUGCCAGUUGCUCCUCUUGAACUUGAAUCCCCGGUCGGCCAGCUUUUGGUUCGAAUUUUGCAAACCCAUCCUCAUCUACUGCCUGCGGCAAUUGAUCAGCAACUUGAGAACCUUCAAACUUAUAAAGAUGCUCAGAUAGAAGAAAUUUCAUCCGAAGAUCUCCUCUACAAGAGAAUUGCUGAAGUGAGAGAGAAAGAAAGGCGUAAGGCACUGGAAGAGAUAAUAUACUGCUUAAUUGUACAAAGAUUUGUGGACAAUGACAUUUUGCUGAUCCCCAAGAUAUCAGAAACUUUGGAUCCUACUGGCCGAGUGGAUUUUUGGCCAAACCAAGAGCAGAAACUAGAAUCUGUUCAUUCUCCUGAGGCAUACGAGAUGAUACAGAGCCACUUAUCUCUCGUUCUUGGGGAGCGAGUUGUCGGUCCCCUUGAUACGACUGUUCAGAUCAGCAAAAUAAAACUUGGAAAGCUGUAUGCUGCUUCAAUAAUGUAUGGGUACUUUCUAAAAAGAGUUGAUGAGCGAUUUCAACUUGAAAGAACGAUGAAAACCAUUCCUGAUGGUUCUAAUAAAGAACAGGAAAGUUCUGAAGAUCCUGCUCCAUUAAAACAGCUCUGGGAUCCUGAUUCCUUGAUCCGGGUUUUACCCAAUGAUGGUGGUGAGACUGACGAGGUAGGUUUCAUGGACGAUGGUGAGGGCAAAUCAUAUCGACUGAGAUCCUAUGUUAUGUACUUGGACGCAGAGACUCUUCAGAGAUAUGCUACUAUAAGAUCGAAAGAAGCUAUUUCUUUGAUUGAAAAGCAGACACAAGCCCUGUUUGGGAGGCCUGACAUCAGGAUAGCUGAGGAUGGUUCAAUCGACACAUAUAAUGAUGAUAUACUUGGAAUUACCUUCAGUGGAUUGACAAUGUUAGUCUUGGAAGCAGUUGCAUUUGGAUCAUUCCUAUGGGAUGCAGAAAGCUAUGUCGAAUCCAAGUACCAUUUUCUUAAAAGCUAGAAACAGGAUCAGUAUCGUUCAGAUCUAUUAAUGCUCCCUGAGGCUGUAUAGUUUGUAAUGUAUAGCGGAUGAUGUAACUCCAAUAUUUACAAGAGAUACUGUGUUCAUCCAAUACAUUAAAAUUUAGAGAUCU